AUGCCCGACGCAGCGACGGAGAGACGUGACGUAUUGCGUGGCCCUAACUCCUACAGUACUUGGGUCAACGUCUGGAAUAGGAAUGGUUUCAGCCCCGAGGACCACAUCAGUGCUUCUGAGCCAUAUUUCGCUCCUGUCGGCAGCGAGCGGGUGCUGCUACUGGCCCUGAAACAGUUCUCGCAAGGUAUUUAUCUCAGCAAGGACGAACUCGAGUCGACAGCUGCCAUCGAAGUCUUCUUUUCCCACCAUAUGUCAGUUGUGAACGACGUGACCGGCUGGGAUAAGGAGCGUUGCGCCGAGAGAGAGAUUGACGCUCAGGGUUCACUCGUCUCGAACAUCGUUCAGUUACGGUCGGAAGAUUGCAGGUUUUCGCCCGAGAACGCAAAGUCCGUCCUCUGGGCGAUGUGUGAGGAAUGGUCCAAGAUGGUGGAUGCAUUAAUUUCCAAGCGGGCAGAAGAGGGCUGUUUCGACUCUCUCAGAAAAUAUCUAGAUGGGCUGAAGAUGCGAAUGUGCGGCAACGAGCUGUGGAGCCGGAAUACGUUCCAGUACAACUCAUCUGGCCUGCCGUCCCGAUAUGCCAAGAGAUGGUGGACGGCAGACCUGACCCAGCUCCGGCAGAUCCACACCCACUGGAAGGACUUUCUGGCCGAUAACUCCAAUAUUUGGAAGACCGCGAAUUACCUCGACGCCAGCAAAGGGGCAUCUUUUGACAAGAUCCUGCAGCUAAAGAGAGCUGAUGGCUCCUAG